AGACAGUUCGCUGUUCCACUGGUUCGACACAAUUUGUUGAUAAACUUAGAUUAUAUACCUAUUGAUAAAUGAAAGUAGAGGUUAAUAAAACUAUUCUGUUAUAUUUGUAUAAAAUUGAGAAAGUUUAAUAUAUAACGUGGAUAGAUUAAGUGACUGCGAGCAACUUUGUGUCUGAUAUAGUUUUUUUUCCAUGUAUUCGAGUUUGUGAUACACCAUCAGUUGUUUUGUUUACGUGGUUGUAAAGCUUGUUGUGGCUUCAAGGAAAUACAGAAAAUGUCGAACAAAAAAUAUGGUCUAAUACUGGCAGAAAAAGGUAAAAAGCAACCAGUUUUCCAGGCUUCGCGAAAUGUAUUUGGGAAUGAAUCCGAUUCUGAAGACGAUGCAAAUAAAAAGCCUGUUUUGCUUAGACCAAGCGAUAAUACAACAAGACAGGCAAAAAUAACCCAGGAGAAAGCCCUAACUGAAGAUCCAACAGUUUAUCAGUAUGAUGAAAUUUAUGAAGAAAUGGUAACUAAGAAAGAAAAAGUUAAGGUGAAGACAAAAGAAGAAAAAAAGCCACAGUAUAUAGAAAACUUGAUGAAAGCAGCCAACAAACGCAAAAUAGAGAAUGAGAGAAGAAUUGAGAGACAAGUGCAAAAGGAAAGGGAAUUGGAAGGAAGUGAAUUUGAGGAUAAGGAAGUCUUUGUGACAUCAGCUUAUAAAAAGAAAUUGGAAGAAAUGCGUUUGGAGGAAGAGCAGGAAAAACGUGAAGAGUAUUUAGAGAGUAUUGGAGAUGUCACAAAACAAAAAGAUUUAGGUGGUUUCUAUCGUCAUCUUUAUGAACAAAAAUUGGGUAAGGAAAAAGAAGUAAAUGUAGAUACUCCAGAAUUGGCAAAGGAAAAGACUACUCAAAGGCCUAAAACAACAUCUGAGUCUAUUGAUACUCAAAAGAAAAGAAAUUAUAGGAAAAGAAAAUCGUCAGAUAGUAAAACCAGAUUAUCUGAAGGAGAAAUUGAGGAUUCUGAUGAAGAAAUUAAUCGCGUCAACCUUGAUGACAUCCGAAUGGCAAAAAGAAAUAAACAAGAAGAAAAUAUUGAUGCUGACUCUGACUUUUCAAUUGAUGAAUCUAGUGAUGAAGAAGGUAAUAGUGAGGAAGUAAGCCAGAAAAAUAAGGAAAAAAAGCUUUCGAAAAAUGGUACCAUAAAAACAAAUACAAUAGAAAAAGAAAAUGCUGGUAGAGAUAAAUCACCCAAGCCGGAGAAACAAGAACUCAAGGAGAAUAAAGAAACUAUAGAGCCUAAACCAAAAAUUGAUAUUUGGAAAAAGAGGACUGUCGGUCCAGUUUUUGAUGAGGCUCUAAAGAGGUAUUAUGAAAGAAAAUCUGCAAGGGGCUGCUAGAAAAACAAAACGUAUUAUUGUUCUAAAGAUAUAAUUUUGUUUUCAAGUCUUGUUUUAUUGAAUGUUUCCUUAAACUACAACAUAAUGAGCCUUGCAGUGAACUGAAACAAAAAAUAAAGUGUGAUUAGGACAUAAUACAGAAUUAAAGUAAUUAUAAAACAGUGUA